ACACUCCUUUCUAGAGCCAAUAUACAGUUUCCAUGGCUACUCACAAAAUACUAAAUGUUUACGGUGGUCGCAAUUGUUUAUUCAUAAGUAGAGAUAGAUAUUUUCAUAAUUGCAACGUUAGGUAAUUUCAGUUUUAAUUCUCACUAUCUCGCCUCUGGCUAGACAUAGCUGGGUCUCAGGAAAAGGAUAAAAUCAGUUAUAAUCGGAUGUUGAACCUGGUUUUUGACACAGAUCUUCAUAAAUACCUAACCACAUGAUCAAUAUGGAAUUUGUUUAAGAAAUUUUUCAGUUUGUUGAUCUUUGCAACAUUUUGUAUGAUUUGUAUGUAGCUACGCUUCAGAUUUCUAAACUGUUUACUGCAUAAAAUGUCCACCAGGUUGCUGUUUUUAGCAUUCUUUUUGACGUCUGCCUCUGCUUCUAAAGUAAUGUACACAACCAAAUGGCCGGCAGGACGCCACUCUUAUGCGGGAGCGAGAGGAUAUUUUGAGUUUCCAGAUUUAUACACUGGAACUUGUACAAUAUUUCUGCCAUUGUCGGUGCCACUAUUUGUAGGUGAAAAUUUUGAUAUUGUGCCUCAUCUGUCAGAUAAUCGAAUUGGAAAAUAUGUCCUCGUAGCUCCAUACAAAGCUUACAACGAGCCAAAAUUCAAUUUUUUGCUUCGUUUUUAUCCUGGAAAAUCGUUUUCUGCUGAAGGAAUAGAAUGGUCGUGCGAUAUCUCACAAGAAGCAGAUGUUGGUAUUCGUUCAUUCCCAACUGACCUCACACAGAAUUUGGCAUCUUCUCAUGUCUGGAUUCCCGGAUUGCGAAGAAAAAGUCAAAUAACACUUUACUUUCCCUUUCCAGUUGAGGAAUUCAGGGCAUUCGGAGCUGGAAAGACUAUAAAAAGAGCGCAUACUAUUUAUACAUUAUCUGGAUUUUAUUUAGAACAAGAUGAGGUAUGGUUUCAGUUUCAAUAUAAAGAUGGGAAAAUAUUUGACGCCACACAGAUAAAAGUUGAAGAACACAAUUAUCGCUAGCGAAAUGAAAUAACUUGAUAUACGAGUCUAUUAUCCUGUAUCAGGAGUAAAGAUCGCGAAGACGAAUUGUUAACAAUUUUGCCUAGCUAAUUAUUUCCCGUGUACAUGAGCAGCUCUUCGGACUUAUUUGGCGUUUGAGUUAUUUACAAAUAAGAUUACUGUUUUAUUAAUUUCAGUUCAACUAUAUAUACCAAUUUUGCACAGGCGCUUAUGUAUCGUACGUACAAGGAUGACCAUUGAAUUUUAAUCAAUAUAAUUUCAAUGUGAAAAAUGUGCCGUUUGUGAUAUAUUUGUGUUUGAAUAAAUGAAAGCAGUGAAAUAGUA